AGAAAGCAGUUCGCAUGCAAUAAUUCCCCCCGCAAAAUGCUCUCUUCCACACACGCGAGCACUGCAAUCUCCCAUGUUCCCCUGUUCAUGGUCAAAUCAAUCAAACCAGAGUCAAUUAAUCUUCUUCCUGCUGUUCUUCGUCGAUGGAAUCCAAAAUAAAAUAAAGUGGUUUUGUUAGCUGGCACGCAGCGCGCCGUGUGGGUGUGGGUGUAAUCCAAGAGGAAUCGUUGGAAGAAGAGGAUCGAUCCUGGAUUGGAUUGGAUUGGAUUGGAUUCAAGAAGAGCAGCGGGAGGCCGCGCGCCAUGGAUUGCUCGAUGACGAGCAGCGUGCUGUCGGCCAACUACAACACGGUGCUGUUCGAGUUCGGCGUCAUCCUCGUCACCAGCAAGAUCUUGUACGCCCUCCUCCGCAACGCCUACCAGCCCCGCGUCUUCUCCGACCUCCUCCUGGGCAUCAUCCUCGCGCAGUUCCGCGUCCUCUCCAUCACCAACGCCAUCAGCCUGGUGUUCGGCAAGAUCGGCGGCUUCAUCUUCGCGCCCUACCUCUUCGCGCUCGGCGUCGAGAUGGACCCCUUCUCGCUCCUCGACAGCCCCGCCGCCGACGCCGUCGUCGCCUACGCCGGCAUCGCCUCCACCUGCGUCCUCGUCACGCUCUGCCACGGCGCCAUCACCUCCACCGCUCGUACCCACACGGGCAUCGUCCACGAGCGCUCCCUCCGCGCCUUCCUCGGCCUCGCCGCCGCGCUCGCCAACACCGCCUCCCCCGUCCUCACCCGCCUCGCCACCGACCUCAAGAUCGCCAAGACCAACGUCGGCCGCCUCGCCGUCGGCGCCGGCAUCACCUCCGACAUGCUCACCACCCUGCUCAUCGCGCUCGGCACCAUGGUCUGGCGCGACAGCGACGCCGACGCCGACGCCGCGCCCUUCGCGCAGCCCGCGCUCACGGCGUCCGUCCUGGCGGUCGUCGUCAUGUCCGCCUUCAUGUCCCGGGCCAUGGCCGAGUGGGUGGACGGCCGCAACCCCGAGGGCCGGCGCAUGCGCGGCUUCGACCUUUCCCUCGUCGCGCUCGUGGCCGCCACGCUCUGCUGGUUCAUCUCCGUGCUCCGCCUCGACAUCAACAUGGCCGCCUUCCUCGUCGGCCUCGCCUUCCCCAGCGACGGCCGGGUGUCGCGGCUGCUCGUCAGCAAGAUCAACUUCGUGCUCUCCUCCUUCGUGCUGCCGCUCUACGUCGCCCACGUCUGCCUCUCGCUCCGGCAGACCACCGACGACAUCGAGGUCGCGGGCCUCAAGCCCGACGAGGGCCUCCGCGCCUACGUCAUGCAGCUGCCCUUCCCCUGGUGGAAGGUCUUCUUGGCCACCUCCAUGGGCACGCUGGGCAAGCUCGUCGGCUGCACCGGCGUCGGCCUGCUCCGGGGCCUCGGCUGGCUCGAGGCGCUCGCGCUCGGCAUGCUGCUCAACGUCAAGGGCUACUUCCACAUCUACUGCGCGCUCGCCGCCUUCGAGGCCGGCAUCAUCACCGACAAGUCCUUCAUGGCCAUCAUCUUCGUGGUGGCGCUCAACGUCGCCGUCACGCCCAUGGUGGGGAUCGGGAUCGCGUCCUGGGCGCGCCGGAGCGUGCAGUGGCGCCUCAUGGGCCUCCAGCACCACGACCCGUCCACCGAGCUGCGCCUCGUCGCCGGCCUCCGCGGCCCGCAGGAAGUGCCCGCCCUCGCCUUCCUCAUGGAGUCGCUCCGGUGGGGCGCCGGCAACGGCGAGAUCGCGUGCUACGCCGUGGACAUGGUGCAGCUGACGGACCAGACGGCGUCUUCGAUCGUGAAAAGCGGUGGGUUGGACGGCGUGACAGUGGUGGACGAGGAGGUGUCGGAGAUGCGGAAGCUGAUCGGCGAGGCGCUAGACGCGUACCAGGCGGAGUGCGGCGGCGAGGGCGGCAAGGUGAAGGUGCGCCGGCUGCUGGCGCUGUCGUCGUUCCCGGACAUGCACAGUGACCUGUGCAUCUGCGCCGAGGACGCCAUGGCAGCGCUCAUCCUGGUGCCGUUCCACAAGGCACAGUGCCUGGACGGCACCAUGGACGGCGGCCACUUCGGGUUCCGGCUGGUGAACCAGAAGGUGCUACAGCUAGCGCCAUGCUCGGUGGGGAUCAUCGUGGACCGCGGCCUCGGCAAGCAGCAGCGUCCAGAUAGCACGGCGCAGGCUUCCGUGGCGGUGCUCUUCAUCGGCGGCGCGGACGACCGGGAGGCGCUGACGCUGGCGUCCUUCAUGUGCAAGCAGCAGGCCUCGGUGCGGCUGACGGCGCUACGGGUGGUGCAGAACGCGACGGCGCAGGCGCGGGCCAAGGCGCGGACGAGCCUCUUCGAGUCCAAGAGCAAGCGGCACAUGCCUCUAGCGGGGACUACGACGGGGCAGGAGGAGCUGCAGGCGCAGGCGGACGACAAGUUCUUCGCCGAGUUCUACCGGAAGCACGUCGCCGGCAACAAGUCCGUCGGCUACCUGGAGAAGCACGUGGCGGACGGGGCGGAGCUGGUGGCGGUGCUGCGGGGGAUGCAGGGGGACUACCGGCUUUUCGUGGUGGGGAAGGGAAGGGACCGCAACUCGGUGCUCACCGAGGGGUUGGAGGAGUGGGCAGAGUGCCUGGAGCUCGGGCCCGUCGGCGACAUCCUAGCCUCGUCGGACUUCUCCACCACCGCCUCCGUGCUCAUCGUGCAGCAGUACGACGCCAAGAAGCACUACAAGGUGAUCGAUGAGGAGUUCAUGCCCUUGUAAUGCAAGCCAUUCCCUUGUUUCAAUUCGUUAUUCCUCCGUAGCCAUUUAGUAUGUAACAAAAAUUUUAUGAAGCAGUUGAUCUGGACAUACUGUUGUAUAGUAAGUGUACGUUUUACUGUGGAUAGCCUUUUAUUCUUCAAAACGACCAAAAUAAUUUUUU